AUGGCGGCGCCUCCGGAUGAGGCGAGCUUGGAAUCUCGCAUCAACAAGGCCACCAACCCUCUUAAUAGGGAGACUGAUUGGGACAGUAUCAAAGACUUUUGUGAACAGCUCAACAAUGACCCAGAAGGUCCCCAGCUGGCAACCAGGCUCCUGGCUCACAAAAUCCAAUCACCUCAGGAAUGGGAGGCAAUACAGGCACUCAUGGCUCUUGAGACGUGCAUGAAGAACUGUGGAAAGAGGUUUCACAACGAAGUUGGCAAGUUCCGCUUCCUCAAUGAGCUUAUCAAGGUGGUCUCCCCCAAGUAUUUGGGAUCCCGUGCUCCAGAGCCAGUGAAGAGCAAGGUUCUAGAAAUGAUGUAUAGCUGGACAUUGAAUUUGCCAGAUGAGACCAAGAUAGCAGAUGCUUAUCAAAUGCUCAAAAAACAGGGUAUUGUCAAGCAGGACCCAGUGCUUCCUGAUGACAAGGCCCUCCCACCCCCUCCCCCCAGAGCAAAGAGUGCCAUCUUUGAAGAUGAGGAGAAAUCCAAGAUGCUGUCUCGCCUAUUGAACAGCACUCACCCAGAAGAUCUAAGGGCAGCAAACAAGCUCAUCAAGGAAAUGGUGCAGGAGGACCAAAAGCGUAUGGAGAAGGUGUCGAAGCGGGUGAACGCCAUUCAGGAGGUGAAGGAGAGCGUGAGCCUGCUGAACCAGCUGCUGGAGGGCUACAGCAGAGAGAGCACCUCCCAGAGCAACCAGGAGCUCAUUAAGGAUCUUUACCAGCGCUGUGAAAAGAUGAGGCCCACACUGUUCCGAUUAGCCAGUGAUACAGAGGAUAAUGAUGAAGCCUUAGCGGAUAUCCUACAGGCCAAUGACAGCCUAACACAGGUUAUCAACCUGUACAGACAGCUAGUGAAGGGAGAGGAGGUGAAUGGAGACAGCAAAACCAUGGCCUCAAUACCAGGCAGCAGUAGCACAGCACUCCUCGACCUUACAGGACUUGACACAUCACCUAACAAAGCAUCCACCAACCAAGACAUUAACUCUCUACAGGCGCCAUCUAAGGACAUUGGUGUCAGCCUAUUGGAUGAUGAGCUUAUGUCACUGGGACUGAAUGAAGUAACGCUAAACUCAAACCCUACCCCUCGGCUGGGAGACUGGAAUACUUUUCAGUCUUCAGAAGGUGUAAACCCAGUGGUACCUGCUGCAGUAUUAUUGCCAGCCGUGGCAUCGAUGCCCCAAGAUUCAAUGACAGGGGCCACAACUUCCUCCUCCAAAGCUCUGGAUGAACUAGACAUGUUGGGAAAGACCCUGUUACAGCAGUCCCUACCGCCAGAGAGCCAGCAAGUCAAGUGGGACAAGCUCCAACCCCAGCACUCCAGACCCAGUUUGAGAGACCUCCAGACCAAACCCAGCACCAACUCAAAUCCUGCACCCAGCGCAACUACUGGGGACACCUUAACUCCAAGCCUUGGCCCCAGCUUGGCCAUCUCCUCAGACCAGCCUGGGCUUCUGCUCAGCUCCGAUACCAGCCUUUCAGCUCCUGCAAAGGACACAACCCCCGCUGCCGACCCCAAGAACGACAUCUCCCUGAAUGAUGUGAACGUUCCUCUGGAAUCCAUUAAACCAAGUAACUUGUUACCUGUGACUGUAAUUGACAAGCACAGCUUCCGAGUUCUGUUCCACUUUGCUCGCAACUGUCCACCAUCCCGGCCUGAUGUGCUGGUGGUGAUCAUCUCCAUGUUGUCCUCAGCCCCCGUUCCCGUCACAAACAUCCGCUUCCAGUCAGCCGUACCAAAGGUGAUGAAAGUGAAGCUGCAGCCUCCUUCCAGCACCGAGCUUCCAGCCUUCAAUCCCAUCCUGCCUCCAGCUGCCAUCACACAGGUCCUACUUUUGGCUAACCCUCAUAAGGAGAAGGUGCGAUUGCGAUUCAAACUAACGUUCAAUAUGGGAGAGAAGUCUUACGACGAAUCUGGUGAUGUUGAACAGUUCCCCCCUCCAGACACCUGGGGGAAUUUGGAGUGAGAUGGACCCAACCCCGUUCUCUGAUGAGCUGCUUCCUUUAGAUAUAGGUUGAAGGUGCCCCCAUUUGUUGGUCAAGGCAAGAUGACCUUUUUACUUGUUAAUGGUUACAUACCGGGUUUGGCUCAAAAACGGUUUAAGAACAGUUUUUGGAAGUAGUUUCUACCUUGUGCCUUCCUUCAUAACCCUCCAGUCAUUAUUCCAUUACUCUGAUGUUUUUGCUUUGUAUUUUCCUUCCUCCUGCAGUUUAAAUACAAUCAGAGCUGAAUUAGUUGACUAGGUGAAAACUGGUAAAACAGUGAAUCGGUGCAGUUACUAAGGAGAGAGCAUGUGUGCAUUUAUGAUCUUCGCACUCUUGCACAACCUUUUCAAAAGGACUAUGUUCAUGCAGCUAACAGCUGGUGUCUUCGUUUCAUGUCUAAUUUUAUCUGGUACCCAACCAAUAAAGUAAAGCAUCCAAAUAUCAGGUGCAUUCCUAAAUUAGCACCCUGUGGCGGAGUGUCCUAAAUUUAGAUUAACGUCAGAGGUCCCAACUAUACAUUCAGAAGUAUUUUGGCCAAACGUUGUUCUUGAGUGCAGUCAAGAGACAAGCAGGUGCUUAUGCACACCUGAGGCUUUGGAUGUUUGAUAAUCAAUUGGCAACAUGCUUAGCUUCCUGACUUGUCUAACUCUACCAAAUAGCAAAUACUAAAUGUACAUGCAAGACACUUGGGAAAUCAUGAACCUUGUGUUUUCACAAACAACUACCAUUUGAACUACCCACACAUACAGCCUUUCGAUACUCCAGUGCCCUCUCUCCAUUCCAAGUUAUUUUAGUUUCUAAGUGGAGUAUCGGAAUGGAUUCACGUCUGCACCCACAGAAGACUUCACUGGAAACGUGGCAGAAAUGGGACCUGGAGGACUGAAUGAUUUUACACAGGGUGCUACCAUCCUUAAUGAACUUUGUAAAAAAAAAAAAUUUUUUUUUUGUAUAUUUAGAUAAGUUUCCAUUUGUAUUCAGUCUUGGGCUGGCUAUGUAUUGAAGGUGUGAAAUAACAGAAGGAAACCACAUCUCUAUCUUGUUAACAUGCUGAAAUUGAGGCUUUUAAUUUCUGCACUUUUCAUUACUCUUAACAAAAUUAGUUACCAAGUAAUGUUUUACUCAGGUUUUGUUUUUUGUUUUGUUUUUUUGAAAUUCCAACACACAUAACCUGAACUUAUGGUGCCCUUUCUCCUUUUGAGUUUUGCACAUGAAAUAAUUCAUCCUUUCUCAUUUGCUUCCUUCUUUUGACGGUUUACUCUUGAGUUGUCUGUGUUGACCUCCAUUUUGAUACUGCCAUAUGUGCCUGCAUUGUUUUUGCUUUUCCUUUACUUUGCAUCUUUGUACACCUGUUUUGGUUCAAAUUAAUAUGGUCAUAAAACAAAACAAAAAAAAAGCUUUUUCCUCGUUUUGAUCAUUUCACCAGUCUUUCUUUAUGCACGUUUAACUGAUUUUGACUCAUGUCUUUGGUCAAACUAAAUGACAUUGGAAGUAGACUGGUUCUGGUGACUACUUUUAUCCUGGGAUACUGUGAUAUGUAUUAUUACCUUACAACACAAGGGGGCAUAUUAGUAUGUACAAGGCUAUCUUUACAUUCAGCUGUGUUGUUUUCUGCUGUCAAUCAAUGGCAGGCUUGAGAGUCUGCCGACUGACUAUUCCAUUGUAAGUAACCUGGUACCAUGUCAAAACUACUUAUUUCAAAGUGAUCUGAAGAUCGGUCCUGUUAUGUUUCCUCUAGUCUACAUUCCAGUUCCGUUUUCUGACCUGACUGUACAAAAUUCAUUCAAUUAUGUACAUUUGCCAUUAUAUGCAAAGAGCAAAUAUUGCUGGAAGAAAUCAAGAAUGUAAGUGAAAAUGUAUCAAAGGGAAAUAAAGUUAUUCUUUUCUUGAAUUUGUUGUGGCUUGUUUUUCCUUGCUUCUUGGAAGAAGGAAAAAACAGAUUUUUUUUUAUUUAACACAUUGCACUUCGGUAAAAGAACAUGGGAUGCUGAAGCAUUAUGUAACUCCUACACAAAAUUAUACCAAACAACCAAUUCCGUCAACUGAAUUGUUUUGUCAAGCACUUUUUCAUUGGAAGAUACGAUGCAUGCACAACUAGCUGAACCAGCUGACUUGUGUAACCUGUUCUGUCCUGCAUCUCCAUUUUGUUAAAACAGGACACACUUCAAAGCAUACAGCUUAGUUUACAUUUCUUACGUUUAAGCUGCAAACACGGGAUAGCACUGAACCUUCAAUGUAUUUCAUGUAAUGUAAAUUCAAUGUAAAGUAAUUGUGAUUUGAAGUUUUGUAUUUGUAUUACAAACCCCAAUUCCAAUGAAGUUGGGACGUUGUAUAAAACGUGAAUAA